UGUGAAUUGAGUAAAACGCAGGCCUCGGUGGCAACCGUCCGUUUUAACACACCUUUGAUCACAUAAAUUAGUCAUCUGUUUAAUAUCCGCUCUGCUGUCGGACAUCUGAAAACCAGACGCUGGCUUAGAAGAGUAGGAAAAGUGGCAUUAUUGCGGAUUUUAAGUAGCUGGAUUGCCUGGAGGAAGAAGCUCCUCCUGAGUCUGUCUAUGUUGGUCCUCAGGAUCCGGUAACGUGUCCCUGAAGGGAGCUCUGAGAAGAGAUUGAUGAUUCAAUAUUUGUCACCCACAUUUAGAAAAUUCCAGACUCCACCUCUCUUUCUACCCGCAUGAUUGGCUUUUAUUCACAUGCUCAUAGUCAUGCAGACGUGUCUUCCUGGUUCUUUCUGAGAGCUUGCUGUGUUGCUCUUGCUCGUCUUCUGGAUUGUUCACAGUGUAAAGAAAACAGUUCUGUGAACAUUCUCUGCUAUUAAUUUCUACAAGCUUCUGGCAAAACAAACAAUCAGCUAUUGGUGCAGUGCCCUUGCCCUUCCUAAAUAGCCUUAUUAAUGCUCUAGCGAACACGUUCUAGCUGAAAGAGCAGGGAGAGGCAGUCUGUACUCGUUUUCUAGCAGUACUACAUCUCUUCAACUUCAUAGAUUAUAUCAGGGCAGAAGUACCAAAGAUUAAUCAUUCCAGCAUUAAAGCACAAUGGCACGUGAGUUUGACUACUAUGCCCUUAUGAAAGGCAUUCAAGAGCUUGAUUUCCAAGGGAUUGCAGAGCCAAGUGACCUUGUGCUAAUAGGCAGCAAUGCCUUUCCUCUGUCAAUGAAUCCAAGAGGUCAGGUCCUAAUGGCUGCAUCUCGCUAUGGCCAAGGACGAAUAGUAGUGUUGGGACAUGAGGAGUAUUUAAUACGUUUCCCAGUCCUGGUGGAGAAUGCCUUGAAUUGGCUUAUGCCAACUGAGUCUGAAAACACAACUGUAGGCAUUCAAAAGAGUCUCAUUUCCCUUGCAAAGAAUUUAUCUUACUCCUCUCUGAAAACUGAGAUGGGAGAUUUCAAAAAUGUCGGGAUAGCAGUGUAUGUGACUGAUGCCUACAGUGUCGAUUCAUGUGCCAAAGAGUUAGUGACCUUCCUGAAAUCUGGGGGAGGCUUGCUCAUUGCUGGUCAGGCUUGCAGUUGGGCUCAAUCCCAUCCAGGAGAAAAUACAUUACUCUGCUUCCCAGGCAACAAAGUGUGCAGUGUGGCAGGAAUCUAUUUCUCAGAACUUCCAGCUGAGCUCGGCAAAUUUCCUGUUCCCAUGCAAAUUCCUUCCAGCUGGCUGGCAGUUUCGAUUGGAAAGGAUUUUAAAGAUGACCUACAGUUCCUACUAGAAGGUGUUUCGGAGUUUGAUGUUCAAGGUGGGGCUUUAGCGUCCGAAGUGAUGGCACAUGGACCCUUAGCCUUCCCUAUUGCACUUACCCCAUGUGGUAGAACAUUCAUUGCUGGGGCCUACUAUGGACAGGGGAGAAUAAUCGUGGCCACCCAUGAAAGCUACCUUGGUCGUGAUUCACUGUCUACCUUUUUGAUCAACGCUAUCAACUGGCUUGAUGAAGGACGCAAAGGGGAAAUCGGAAUCAUCCCCCAACUUAAAGAUGCCCAUCGUGUUCUGAGCAAGUCAGGGCUAAAUUGUCAAUUCAGCACUUUUAGGGAAGACCUAAGUGUCUUUGUCUGUACCUCCUACGAUGAUUCCCAACGUCACCAGAUCAAGGAGUUUGUUGCUGAGGGUGGAGGUCUUAUGAUUGGAGGUCAUGCUUGGUACUGGGCCCAGUGCCACCCUCACCUCAAUGUGAUGACUGACUGCCCAGGAAACCGUAUCCUCAAUAAAAUGGGAUUGUGCCUAAUGGGUAAUACCUUGCACGGUGGCUUGUAUAAAGCCCAGCAAUUAACAGGAGAUGGGGCCAGUGCUACACCAUACCAUUUCCGUGACUCGCUACAGCGCUUUGCUAGCCAUGUCAUCGAGGGCCAGGAUCUUUCCAAACAUGAUGAGAACCGUCUACAGAAACUGAGAAAUGAUUGCACAAGUUAUCUCCGCAUGAAUGCUCAUGACAGCUCUUCCUAUACAUCAAUGGUUUCACUGCUCACAAAUAUGGUGAAAGAGGCAGGAGUUCCACAGGUGUGCGAUACAUGUCCUGUGAAAAAUACCAAAGAUAAAUUGCUGCUUCAUGUGGGAAGUGAGGUGUACAAAGUGUGCAGAGAUCCUGAUGCACUUCUGCCGUACAUCAUCUCCGAUAUACCCGAUCUGCCUACAGUUUCCAAUGCGAAAGUCAGGAUCAAGGCAGAUACAUCUGGUUGUGAAGAAUGGAUAAGCACAGGACUGUAUCUUUCCCCUGGAAUGAAAACCUACAUUGCAGUACCUCCUGAAAUCAAAGGCAAAGGUUGGCAGCUGCAGACUGGAUGUCAGACAGAUUGCUUGGAAAAUUUAGAUGUUCUGAAACGUGCUCCUGUAGUGCACGAGCGAUUUGCAUUGGACUCUGACAUGGUGCAGGUCUGGAAUUUAUGGGGUGGACUUUUAUACCUGAUCGCACCACCCCAUAGCAAAGUGGAUGGUGCGGAGGUUAUUGUACAAACAGCCAUAGAAGCACCGUACUACAAGUCUGGACAAACCAGUGUAAAAGACUGGGUGCAGAAGAUCCGUAGCGCACCAGCUCCUUGGGCAGAACUGGAGUUUGAGAAUAUAAUCAUCACCUUACACUCUGAAUUCAUCCGUAAACUGGACCGUCCUGAUGAGGUGGCGGCUCUCUGGGAUUCCAUCAUGAAGGGUGUGGCUGAUUUAGCCGCAAAACCUGCCAAGUUUCCACGCAAGGAACGUUUUGUUGCUGAUGUUCAGAUCUCUCAUGGUUACAUGCAUGCUGGCUACCCUGUAAUGAUUCACUCCGAGUCUGUCGCAGAACUCGUGAACCCAGAGACAGCUCGUACACAUGGUAUUUGGGGAGCUAUUCAUGAAUUAGGCCAUAAUCAGCAGCGCUCGGUGUGGGAGUUCCCUCCACUUACCACUGAGUGCACCUGUAAUCUGUGGUCAGUGUAUGUGCAUGAGGAGGUGCUGGGGGUGAACAGGGCAAAAGCUCAUCCGAACAUGACUCCAGAAAACAGAAAGAGACGAGCUGAGAGUUACACCAAGGAAGGCAGGAAACUGGAAAACUGGAGUGUCUGGACAGCCCUGGAAACAUACAUGCAGCUGCAAGAAAAAUUUGGCUGGGAUGCAUUCAAGAAAGUGUUUGCAGCUUAUCACAGCAUCAGUAAUGUGCCAAAUGACCAAGCUGGAAAGAUGAACUUGUACGCUGUAACAUUCUCGAAGGUAGUGAACAUGAAUCUGGCUGCUUUCUUCAAAGCCUGGGGUUGGCCCAUUCAGGCCGGCACAGAGGAAACGCUCAGCAGUCUGCCUGUGUGGAGCGACCAUCCCAUGGCCCAGUAUGCUUAACUGCCCCAUCUGCAGUAUGCUAUACUCCCAUCAUGCGUAUACUGUAGCUAAUUUCCUUACAUAUGCACUGUAUUUAACAUGUUAUCCUGUAGAAUCAGCCAGAUCUAUUCAUGCUGUUUGCAAAUAAAACAAUUGAUUUAUUAUGGAACUAAAUCCAAUAAAUAUAUCUAAUAUUAAUCUUGAA